UAAAAAACUAACUUGGAAUUAAAAAAUAAUAUUAUCUCAAAUAUAUAGUUUAAAAAUAAAUAAAAAAUAAAAAAGAAAAGAAAACCAUGGCCACUAAAAUGAACUUUAAUUUUUUAUUGGGGGAUGAAGGUGGUUCCACAACAUCAAAUGCUCCUGCCACUACAAGCUGUUCAGAUACUAUUGGUGGUACCAAUUCAUUAAAAAUUAGUAAAAGCCAAGAAACUAUUACCUCCUUUGGGUCAAUAUCUUUAUCAGUAUCAAAUGAUUCAUUAAAUCAUCAUAUUCAAAAAUCACAAGGUGAACAACCAAUGUUAUUAUCACCAACUAUAAAUUUAACCAAAAACCAACCAUUAUUAACUCAGCAACAAAUUAUUAAUAAUAAUAAUAAUAAUAAAUCUAAUAUGCCAUCGUCUAUAUCAUUAUCAUCUCUUUCCACUAUAUCUUCCUCACCUGUCCCAGUUUCAUCAUCACUAUCAUUAUCAUCUCCUUCAUUGGUUUUAUCAAACAGUAAUAGUUCAAUAAAUACACCGACAAUAACCAACACACCUACAACAACCAAUAAGCAGAAUCUAAAACUAUCUAGUAGUUUAAAUUCAGCACCAACCAUUUCUACCAUCACCUCAACCUCAACAAAAAAUAUUCAGCAACCAGUAUCCUCAAUAAAUGAGAAUAUGAAUAAUUUUUUUGCUCAACAAUUAAAAAAUGUAAAUAAUAAUAAUCUUAUAAAUAGUUUUAGUCAAAAUCAAGCAAAUAACACAAAUAAUGGUGUUAGUUUGAUUCAAAGCCCAAACCCUCAACCAAGAAAAAAUUCAAAAUCAAAGGAUAAAAAUGCAAAUAAAGAUAAUAGUUAUAUUUCCAUGUACGAGGAUAAAAUUCAACAACAACUUCAAAAUAUAUAUAAUCAACAAAUUCAAAACACUACAACCCCGAUUAAUAACAACAUAUCAAAUAAUAAUAAUAAUCACUUUCAUAACCAAAAUACAAAACAUAAUAAAAAUCAGCAUGAAAAAACCUAUCAUUUAUCUGAAUCGAACAGCUCAAUCCAAAAUAAUAUUAAUAAUGCCUGGUUACAAAAAAAACAAAUAAACCUCAACACAAAUAGUAUAAACUCGAACAAUAAUAUACCAUUACAGAACGAUAGUACAAAUAAUUCCAAUAAUAUAAAUAAAAAUUUAAUAUGGGAUGAAACUUUAAAUAAUUCAGAUAUACCAAUAAACCCCAAUAAUAUAAAUAAUAAUAAUGGAAAUUUAGAAAAUAAUUUUAACCCACUAAAUACCGAUAAUAAUAAUAAUAUCCACAAUAAUAAUAUCAAGGAUAACAACAAUGGUUUAUUAUCUACAUCAUUAACCCCAAUACUUAACUCUUUAACAACUAAAGAUUUUUCUAUAUCCUCAUCAAACACAUCAUCACCCUUACCAUCACCAUCACCAAAAUCACCAUCACCAACCCAAUCACCAUCAAAUUCAAUGUAUAACUUAAACCAAGGUAAAUUUAGUUUAUUAAAUUUUUCUGAUAAUGACCAACACCAUCCCCUACAACAACAAGAACAAAAAUUGGAUAACAAUGUAUUUUUAAAAGCACAACAAAAACCAAAACAACAAGAUGAUAUUUAUUCUCCUCCAAUUCAAAUAACCGCAACAACCAAAGACGACUCUGAUAUUUUAUUUGCAAAUAUACUUUUAAAUUUAAGAGAUAGUAGUAAUGGUUUAAACAACUCAUCAAAUAAAAAAAGAAGUUCAAACUCCCUAUUUGAUGAAAAUAUUGUAAAAAGAUCAAAUAUACAACAAACUUCCUAUAAAUAGAAAAAUUUUAAUAUUUUAAAAUAAAAAAAAUUAAAAAUAAAUUAUAUAAAGAUU